AUGCCAGAUCCGCAGGAGUAUCAAUUCGUUCCAGCAUCCCACGGACAUUCUAGAGCGCCCCGAGAGCUUCAGCGUAUCGUUCGCUCGCAAGCUGCGACCGUAUCACGACGUGAAGCGUCUGCUCGACAGCCGCCUCGGCUUGCAAGACUUAGCAGAGGUGAAGAGGUCGUCCACUUCGAUACCCGGCCAGCUGCAGACCCGCGCACGCGGCAGCCCGAGCCAAGGCUUCCGGAUCCGACGGUAGACAGCUCCUCAGGGUUGUCAUUUCUCCCUAUCUCGCGUCUGCCGCUCUACCAUCAGGCAUACCUUCCAUGCUUGAUCGACCAUUAUGUCACCAACUUGACUGUUCCGACACCUGAGAUCGACGGCAGCUCUACGCUUCCACUCUUCCGCGCGGCAUGGAUGCCGAUCGUUCUCAGCGACCCUGUAAUAUUCCAAGUCGUUGUGCUCUUCACGGCAACGCAUUUUGCGACGAUCGCAGAUCCCCGUCAGUUCGAUACGGCUCGCAGGGAGUUGUUGUUGCUCAAGCAGUCUGCACUGUCCGUUUUGAUCCAGAAAGUGCAAAGCGAGCAGAACACGCCCAGUGAUGUUCUCAUUGCCGCAGCAGCGAAGAUGGCAAGCUAUGAGGCAAUAUUUGGAUCGCCAGGGGCCUUUCACCUUCAUAUGUCGACUGUCGUUCGCCUCCUCCGACUUCGUGGUGCUGCAACACUAGGCAUGGAUGGCUUCCUCGUCCGCCUACUCUCGUUCAUUGACACGAAUUCUGCUUUUCUUCUCGGCACGAAUAUGUACCUGACAGAGUUCGGAUUGACGGAGCUGAUGCCGCGUACUCGACCUUUCCAUCCGCUAGCCGAAGGCGGACUUGUUCCAGAUAACAGCCGAGAAGUCUCUGGUCGCGAGAUCGUGAAUUUGGAACGUUUCGUUGGCUUCAUGAAUCGACCUAGACAGGAAUGGAGGCCCUGA